UUUCACAUGUUCACAUUGUUUUUAGUGCAAGUGAAGUGUGUGCGCUAGCUGUUGAGAAUGUGUGAGCCAUCGAACAGUGGUGUCUCACGAUAGCUGCACUCUCAGGACCUAAGAUUCUAGUCCAGGUCUCAGAGCCCGAGUUUGUCUUGUGAUCUGAGAUUGGGGAUUCCUGCCAAAAAAUGGAGGUCAUCUGAGGGUCGGAUUUAAUGCUUUCACUAAGUCUGGUUGACAGAGGAUUGUCCUUGAUGUUUUUUAAGCCAUAGCCAGAGCUGUUUGUAGCUUUUUAAAGGUGGGUCAUGACCAAAUGCCAUUACAACCAUUACAUCAUUCAGGAAAUCAUUGAUCAUAAAUCAGUUGCUAGCAGAGGUGUGUGUAAGAAAUCGGGUGCUCAACAUACAAGUUGAGAUGCGGUUGUGUCUCAUUUUGACUAUUUUGGAGUCUAACUUUUUUAAUGCAGUGAAAGUUUUUGGAAAGUAAACUCCAUCCAUCCAUGUUCUACCCCUUUCCGAGGUCGCGUUGCGGGGGCAGCAGCACAAGCAGGAAUGCUCAGACUUCCCUCUCCUCUGCCUCUUCGUCCCGGUCCUUCCGGCAGAUCCUGAGGCAUUCCCAGGCCAGUUGGGAGACAUAGUCUCUCCAACAUGUCCUGGGUAUUUCCCGAGGCCUGCUACCUGUUGGACGUGCCCCUCCCCAGGGAGGUGUCCAGGAGGCAUCCUAACCAGAUGCCCAAGCCACCUCAUCUGGCUUCUCUCAAUGUGGAGGUGUAGUGGUUCUGCUCUCCCGGAUGACAGUACAGAGAAAACUAAUUUCAGCCGCUUGUACCUGUGAUCUUAUCCUUUGCAAACCCAGAGCUCAUGACCAUAGUUGAGGGUAGGAACGUAGAUCAACCAAUAAAUCGAGAGCUUUGCCUUUCGUCUUAGCUCUGUCUUCACCACAACAGACCGGUUUAGAGUCUGCAGCACUGCCGAUGCUACACCAAUUUGCCUGUCGAUCUCACGUUCCAUCCUGAACAAGACCCCAAUGUACAUAAACUCCUCCACUUGGGGCAGGAUGUCAUCCCCGAACCAGAGAUGGCACUCCACCCUUUUCUGGGAGAGAACCCUGGACUCUGACUUGGAGGUGCUGAUUCUCAUUCCGGCCGUUUCACACUCUGCUGUGAACCGAUCCAGUGAGACUUGAAUGUCGCGACUCGCGAUGAAGACAGCUGGACCACAUCAUCUGCAAAAUGCAAAGACCUAAUACAGUAUCCACCAAACCAAAAUCCCUCAACAAUCUGGCUGCACCUAGAAAUUAUUUCUGUAAUAAACAGAAUAGUCCAGAAGAGUCCAACCUUCACUGGAAACAGGGCCGACUUAUUGCCGGCAAUACAAACCAAACUCUGACAAUGGUCAUACAGGGAAUGAACAGCCUGAAGUAGCUGGUCCGGUACCCCAUACUCCCGAACUACUCCUCACAGAAUUACACAAGGAACACAGUCAAAUGCCUUCUCCAAGUCCAGAAAACACAUGUAGACUGGUAGAGCAAACUCCCAUGCACCCUCAAGGAUCCUGCUGAGAGUGUAGAGCUGGUCCACAGUCCAAUGGAUCCUCCUCUCAGAACACCUUAAUUGGCCUAUCAGGAAGGCUGAUUCCACGAUAGUUGGAACACACUCUCCGGUUGCCUUUUUGCCCCAGGUCUGUCCCAGAGCUCCUGCCUCCAAUGCUGCAGAGCUGUGUCAACCAAGACAUGGCCACAGCAUCCAGGGCCCAAAGGAACUCCGGGUGGAUCUCAUCCACCCCCAGGGGCCCUGCCACCGAGAAGCUUUUUGACAACCUCAGCCCCCGAGAUAAAACAGCCCACUGUGGAGUCCCCAGGCACUGUUUUCUCAUUGAAAGACGUGUCGAUGGGAUUGAGGAGGUCUUUGAAGUAUUCCUUCCAUCGAUCGACAACAUCUCAAGUUGAGGUCAGCAGCACACCAUCGGCACCGUAUACGGUUUUGAUUGUGCACUGCUUCCCCCUCCUGAGACAACAGAUGGUGGUCGAGUCCAGUAUCUCUUCGAGGCCGUCCAGACGUUGUUCUCCAUGGUUCCCAUUAGGGCUGGGCCAUUUGGACCAUAUCGUGUAUUUUGGUAGAAUAUCAAUAUUUUUGUUCCAUACACUGAAUUUAGACAAAAGUCAAAGCUAAAUAUGUGUUCAAAGUUUUAUUUAAAAAAAUUUAAUAUAUUGUUCAUUCUUCAGUGCAAUCAUGCUGCACUCACGGUAGUCUCUCCCGCAGCCGGGUUAGAGCCAUUAAUGCUUCAAUUUCACGUUCCCCAUGACGACAGACAAUAAACAUGGUUAAUACCGUCGUUUCUGGCGUUCACUCCCUCUAUGUAGCCUCUCCACCUCCAUAUUUCCACAUGGAUAUCCGAUCAUUUGAUGUAGCAAAGGGAUGCUGACAGCUGCUAACAGCUGCUCCCGAGUGUCAACAAUGGUGCAAGUGGCAAGCGACAAACGUAAUAAGAUGAACAUCCAUAGAUGCACACUGGCUUAAGAGUUGGUAUGGCACUAAACAAUAAGAAAGUAAUAAGUAAAGCACGAUUAAUCACUAAAAAUGGGCGGCGGCGCCAUCUUGAAACACGAGGCCUCUGCAUAAAAUCCAGCGUCUUUUUGAAAUCGUGCUUAACCGAAAUAUCGAGCCUUAGCCUCAACUCUUGAGUUUGCCUCAACUCUUUGCCUCAGUGAUUACCAAAGCCGCGGACUGCUAGGCCUGUUGGUACCUGUCAGCUGCCUCUGAAGCCCCAUGAGCCAAAAAGACACAAUAGGACCCUCUCUUUAGCUUGAUGGCAUCCCUCACCACCGGUGUCCACCAACGGGUUCUGGGAUUACCGCCACGACAGGCACCGUCCACCUUACGGCUACAGCCCAUUCAGACUCAAUUCGGCCUCCUACCUCGGAACAUGGUCGAAGCUUUCCUGGAGGUGGGAGUUGAAACUCUUUCUGACAGGGGACUCUGCCAGUCGUUCCCAGCAGACCCUCACAGUACGUUUGAGCCUGCCACGUCUGACUGGCAGCCUCCCCCACCAUCGGAACGGUUGACAGCUCCGCCCUUAUCUUCACCAGUAUCCAUUGCAUAUGGCCGCAAGUCCGAUGACAUGACCACAAAGUCAAUACCUGGUUUGUGUUUUGGAUUUAUUUGUCUCAUUGGCUUUCUUUGUCACAGAUUAGUAGUGAAUCUAAUCUAAUAACUCUAACUGCUUCUUUUAUUGCAAAUGCUGAUCUACUAAAUCUACUAAAUCUACUAAACUUUAUUAAACUGUCCAAAAUAGACAUUACUAACUGAAUUACUCACAAUACUGUAUCAGAAAGUGAAAUAUCCAUGUGUGCAUCCUUGUGUUGUUUUUUUUUUUUAUACUACAAGCUUAACAGUGUUACUGCAUGGCCAGGCGUGUUUUAUUCCUAGUGGACAAACCUCAAUCUAAUUUGAUAUGGCAAAUGAACAGAGAGUGAUGAUGUUCAUGUAACUCACCAGGUGGAAGCCAAAAGCUCAGCGGUAACAGAUAAACUCAGAUCACUCUUUGUCUUUGUUGUUAGGCUUUUGUGUCUCCUGGGUCCACCCAGAACAAAUGAAAAGCUGUUGUAGAGUGAGCGAUCUUUAUGUGUUUAUAGUUUUGACAGUCAUUAUUUACUUACGAUGAUACGUUUUUAUGCCUUUGUGUGGAGUUUGCAUGUUCUCCCCGUGCAUGUGUUUUCCUGGUUUCCUUUACCUGGUUUUCUCCCACAUUCUAAAAACAUGUUAAUUGACUCUAAAUUGUCCAUUUGUAUGACUGUGAGUGUUAAUGAUUGGUUUUCUAUAUAUGCCCCGUGAUUGGCUGGCGACAAGUCCAGGCUCUACCCCACCCCUCGCCUCAAAGACAGCUGACCCGCGACCCUAAUCAGGACAAGCAACACAGAAAAUGAAUGGAUGGAUAUCUUUUUAUGCUUCAACAACUCGUUAGUCGGAGGUGUACUUCAUCACCAGCUUCCUAAGACUGCGUUAUCUUUUUCAGUAUUUAUUAUAUUUGAGCCAUCUCAUGUGCUUGAUCUCAUUAGCUAAUGAAGUGUCCCAUGUUUCGACUGCUAGUGGACAUACAUAUAACAUGAUAUAACAUGAAUAACUUAGACAGACGGGAAUAGAAAGGACGUAUGUAUGGGAUCGAUGUUUGAUUGGCACCACUUGCCCACUGAUGAGGUCAGUCACAGGGAAAAGACAACCAGGGAAUGUUUUCACUCCGGGAGCAUCACUGUAGGCCACAGCAGUGGCACAAAAGCACAAUAUGAGACACUAAUAGUUUUUAAGUGCACUCCAGGUCACAUUUGUUUGUGGUGGCGUCAUUUGUCACAGGGUGCUAAAUGAACUUGGACAAACAGCUCAAUGACAGGAGCCACCUGUCUCUGUUGCUGUGGCAACGCUUGUUUAAAACAACAAAAAAGGCAAAAGAGCGGUGAGAUCGUGUUUCUGUGGUAACUGCUGACUCGGGCUAUUUUUGUCUCGUGUGCUCAUAGUGCCUCAGAGUGGAGUGAGGAUGCCGGCUGGAGAUGAAGGACUCCAUCUCACGAAAGAGAUGCUUGUAGGGUGUAUGAAAUUUGACCGUUAACCCUUACCCCGGGCUCGCACUGAGUCUCCGGUCCUGAUCUAGUCCGGCUUGCCGCAAAGUGACACUCACACCGACGCCAGCAGACGCAGUGGCGAGCUCCGCUCCAGCUGUGGACCAGAGAGUGCUCCGGCGUCUCGGAAAAAAAAGUUUGACCCCAAACAGAUUCUUUACGUUCAGCCGUACGGCCACCAGAGACAGCGCAGCACCGCACGCAGCUAGUGUAAGCCUACAACAGGGAUUUUAAUUUUGCAAAAUGCUUCCGUUGGCCACAACUGAGCUGCGAUGGAUUCAGUGUGAGCCCAAGAUUACAAUAUAAUUUCACUGCAAUUUAUUUUCAUGUUUAUAAUGAUUGUGUGUUACUAAGUUUAAUUAAGAACAAUACUGUUUUGUGCAUGUAUAAAUCUAAUCUACCUCAGUUUUCAUUAUUAAUUUGUGCCAAAAGAUCAGACGAGAACCAAAACAUACGAAAACCGAGGCAGUUUUUCCCCAUACGAAAUGACAUGAAUCCAAUAAAUCUGUUCUAGACAUCCACAAAUAUCAACAAAACAUAUUUUUUUUUACAGAGAACUGUUGUUGAUUUACAUGGAGAAUACAAUGCAAAAUAAUUAUAAAUGGAUGGAACUUAUUGUUGAUGUGGGCUUCCGAGGCACACUGGCAAGAUUGAAUUCAAUAAUGUUUCUCACCUUCUUUAUCAAAUUGCUGUCACUUGCAACUUUCUCUGGCUCCAUGGAACUUGAUUUCACUGAACAAUACAGUACAGGGUAAACGGACUAGUGUUUUAUGUGCAAUAUUUUGCAAUAAUUUUGUUUUAUAGUUUUGUUUUUUUUUAAACUGGAGCGUACAAAACAAAACGAAAAAAAACAUUUUCAUUGUUUAUAAAAACAUGGCUGCCAGUAGUGGUUUUCUGCGUCCUGAUUGUAUUGUGUCUAUAGAGUCCACCUUCCAUGUUACAAUACCGUACUGGCUCCCAGUGUCUCUCAUUCCUGAGGGCUAAAUACAAUGUCCCGACUAACUCUAAUUAUCUGAAAAUGUUCUUACAUCGUUUACAGACAUUUUCAGAGCAUUCAGAAUCGCCAUAUAUGCCUAAAGGUUCGGCAGUGAACGGACAAAUAAGCUUUCUUGCCAACGUUAAGUGUUCUGAUAAUAGCGGGCUAAAGUAGAGCCAGGCGAAGAUGAGGUCGUCAUUGAACACUUGACCCAACAUCCUGCAAAGUUGCUAGUGUAUCAUUGCUUCCAGGUGGACAUUGUCUUGCUGUGGUGUCCUGAAGAUAUGUGUUAUGUAGAAAAAAAACAAAUAGUCUUGUUGAGGAAAGCACUGCAUGUGUUUGUUAAAUGAGUGCUUUAGAGCCUGGAGAAAAAACAUGCCUUGUGACCAGAAGUAGCUUCUUAUCAAUGGGUCAAGUCACUGCUUAUUAGUAUGCUUUUUCCGAGGGAUCACAUUUGCGGUUUUCCGUGACACACUUGGACUAUUUUACGGUGUGUAAAGCAGCACAGAUGAGCCUGCUUUCCUCUAUUCUGCCAUGUGUGGGUGUAUGUGUUGGGGGGUGGGGUUUGUGGUACGGUGGUUGCCAUGGUUACGUGUGCACUAGGUGACCAAGGGGCACCCCGCCCCCUCGCCCCUCAUUCGAAUCCAUGCGGUUGAUUGGUUGCUCCUCUCAUGCUGCUGGGUUACAAGUGGCAGAGCAGCAACAGAGGUGACGUGUGAUUGCUUCUGUCUGCUGUCUGUCGCCUCACAACUGAGCCAGUAGCAGCAGAUGGACCUGACUAGGCCACCCUCAGCUCCACCACAACCAGUAAACAUGCUCUUUGAAGGACGCCUGGCUUGGCUCGCUUCAUGCCAAGGAUCUUUAAGAACAGAGAGGACAUGAUGGUGCUGCUGGAGGUUUGAGUGGGAUGGAGGUAAGCAUGUUUCUCAACACCCUGACACCCAAGUUCUACGUGGCUCUGACUGGUACCUCCUCCCUCAUAUCAGGACUCAUUUUGAUUUUUGAGUGGUGGUACUUCAGGAAAUAUGGGACUUCCUUCAUUGAGCAGGUGUCUGUGAGCCACUUGCGCCCCCUACUGGGAGGAGUGGACAGCAGCUCCCCCAGCAACUCCAACACCAGCAACGGGGAGGCGGAUUCCAAUCGACAAAGUGUGUCAGAAUGUAAAGUUUGGAGAAACCCGCUGAAUUUAUUCCGAGGAGCCGAAUACAAUCGGUACACGUGGGUGACGGGCCGAGAGCCGCUGACGUACUACGACAUGAACCUGUCGGCGCAGGACCACCAAACCUUCUUCACCUGCGACUCGGACCACCUCCGACCUGCCGAUGCCAUCAUGCAGAAGGCGUGGAGAGAGAGGAACCCUCAAGCUCGCAUCUCGGCUGCACAUGAAGCUCUGGAACUGGAAGACUGUGCGACAGCCUACAUCCUGCUGGCGGAGGAAGAGGCCACCACCAUCAUGGAGGCCGAGCGCUUGUUCAAGCAGGCGCUAAAAGCCGGAGAAGGUUGUUACCGUCGGAGUCAGCAGCUGCAGCACCACAGCACACAGUACGAGGCCCAGCACAGAAGAGACACCAAUGUGCUGGUGUACAUCAAAAGGAGACUGGCCAUGUGCUCCAGAAAGCUUGGCCGCACGAGAGAGGCUGUGAAAAUGAUGAGAGAUUUGUGUGUUUUCCAGUUAAUGAAGGAGUUCCCUCUCCUCAGUAUGUUCAACAUCCAUGAAAACCUGCUGGAGUCUUUGCUGGAGCUUCAAAACUACGCUGACGUCCAGGCCGUGCUGGCCAAGUAUGACGAUAUCAGCUUACCAAAAUCAGCAACAAUAUGCUACACAGCUGCUUUGCUCAAAGCCAGGGCUGUCUCUGACAAGUUCUCCCCAGAGGCAGCAUCCAGACGAGGUCUGAGCACAGCAGAGAUGAACGCAGUAGAAGCCAUUCACAGAGCAGUGGAGUUCAACCCCCACGUGCCCAAAUACCUGCUGGAGAUGAAGAGUCUGAUUCUUCCUCCAGAGCACAUCCUGAAGAGAGGCGACAGUGAGGCCAUUGCCUACGCCUUCUUUCACCUGCAGCACUGGAAGAGAGUGGAGGGGGCGCUCAACCUGCUGCACUGCACCUGGGAAGGCACAUUCAGAAUGAUCCCAUAUCCUCUGGAGAAAGGUCACCUCUUCUACCCCUACCCCAUCUGCACAGAGACCGCAGACAGAGAGCUGCUACCCACAGUGUUCCACGAGGUGUCUGUGUAUCCCAAAAAGGAGCUUCCCUUCUUCAUCCUCUUCACGGCUGGCCUCUGCUCCUUCACCGCCAUGCUUGCUCUGCUCACACACCAGUUUCCUGAACUCAUGGGAGUCUUUGCCAAAGCCUUCCUGAGCACGCUGUUUGCCCCUCUCAACUUUAUCAUGGAGAAGGUGGAGAGCAUCCUGCCGUCUAGUCUGUGGCACCAGCUGACCCGAAUCUGACAGACUAUCACCUGGACGGACUCUCCUUUCGGAAAGCAGAUGCCAACUUCGGUCUGGACACUAAACACUCUCACGCAGCAUCACGCGGGGACUUGUUACAGUGAAGUGACGAGGGGGCGAGGAUAAGCAAAUGGACUUUAUUUGACAUGUUAGUUUGUUUUUUUUGAGGGGGGGGGGAUUAUUUAAAAAGGUGUUUGUUGUACAAAACAGUUGCCAUCAUUACAAAAAGCGAAGACAAAAAAAAUAAAGAACUUUUCGUGUAUGACUGCAUGUCACCUGAUAUUCAAGUCAUGCAUCCCCUUGUUUCAGCAGAUAGGAAGUGGGUCAGGUCUUGUCCAGCGUCCCCAAUCAGGAGUUGUCUUGAAGCACUGCUAUACAGCACCACCUGGUGGUUAACUGAGGAUACAACUUCAUAAUGAAGCCCAAGGAGUUGAGAAAAAGCUGAUAGCAGCAGGUGGCCCCCAGCUGGCUACCUCAAAGUCCAAGGAAGCCAUGUCCACUUCCUUAUUCAGCAGGAGUCUGCGACCACAGGCGCUCAGUGUCCAGUGACAAAGACCGAGGUCACGUGUGACCUUUGCAGGUGAGCACGUCUACCACCUGGUGGCAGUCUCUGCACCGCACGGCACAACACCAGUGAAACUUACACUCGCACUGGGCGCUGUGGCUGACCCGGGAUGUGUCGUAGCCCCGCCCACAGCACAUCACCUCGCAGCCGUCGGCGCCACGGGAAGUGCGGUUGCAUACACGUCCAGCCGUGCCCAUCGAGCCUGAAGAGACAAAAACAGGUCAGCAGUCACUUGACCUAUUGUGAUGAAAUACAUUUCACUUAGUUGACAAGAUGAGUUGUAGGGGGGAGGAGCAAACUGGCGUAACGUACGCAGGCGCCGAUAAGCUGUUACAUCAUUGAAACCUCAGCGUUAAUCUUUAUCCGGCACCAUCAACUAUUUUUGGUGCAAAUUAUCAACAAUUUUCCAGGUUGUGUUAACAAAUUUCACAAAUUGUGUCCUCAGCGGCUGCACAGCAGAAGAGUGGUUAGCGCACAUGCCUCACAGUUAGAAAACCUGGGUUCGAGUCCACCCUCGGACAUCUCUGUGUGGAGUUUGUAUGUUCUCCCGGGCAUGUGUGGGUUUUCUCCGGGUACUUCCUUGACGUGAUUGGCUGGCGACCAGUCCAGGGUGUACCCCGCCUCCGCUCGAAGGCAGCACCCUCAUGAGAAUAAGCACUUGUGUGGUAUGGGACGGUCCACAGAAAUCACUAUUCCCUUUCGGGUUCAUUUUUUUCUUCCACAGCACCUUCAUGGUCCAGGAGGGGAGGGGAAACCUUGGUCCCUGCCUCGCCCCAAAAUGACAGAAAACGCCACUUUCCUGUGUUUUGCCAGGAAAGUGUCACAAUUUUGGUUUUUUGAAAAGGGGGUGUGGCUAACCUGAUGCCUGGUCUGCUAUGCAAAAGUCAGGUGAGUCUUCAGAGUAGACCAGCUGGUUCUUGCCAGGUCGCUUCAAGUGCGUGCCCGUGUGG